CACCCACUCCAUUUGCUAACAUCAUUGGUCCACUUCUUCGCCUCUCUGCUGCUCGUUGUCCUCGUCCUUAGCUGCCGCAAUGGUAAAGUACUCUAGAGAGCCCGACAACCCCACCAAGUCAUGCAAGGCCAGGGGCUCUGAUCUUCGGGUUCAUUUUAAGAACACUCGGGAGACAGCACAUGCCAUCAGAAAGUUGCCAUUGGGAAAGGCAAAGAGAUAUUUAGAGGAUGUUCUGGUCCACAAACAGGCAAUCCCCUUCCGACGUUUCUGUCGCGGUGUUGGAAGGACUGCUCAGGCAAAGAACAGGCAUUCAAAUGGACAAGGGCGCUGGCCUGUGAAGUCUGCCAAGUUCAUCCUAGAUUUGCUCAAGAAUGCUGAGAGUAAUGCUGAAGUUAAGGGUUUGGAUGUCGAUUCUCUAUUCGUAUCUCACAUCCAGGUGAACCAAGCACAAAAGCAAAGGCGGCGUACCUACCGUGCUCAUGGAAGAAUUAAUCCCUAUAUGUCAUCCCCCUGCCAUAUUGAGUUGAUUUUGUCUGAGAAGGAGGAACCCGUGAAGAAAGAGCCAGAGACACAAUUAGCAACUAGCAAAUCAAAGAAAAGUCAAGCUCUGCGCAGUGGUGCUUCUUCUUGAAUGGCAGUUUAGGACUAACAAUUGAAUGAGUGCCACAAAUUUCAUGCUGCUGCACUUUCGCCUUUUGAUGAGAAUUGUUUUUCGUUUUACUACUUUUUUUUUUCAUAUAGAAUGAAUUGGUGAUUACGACGGACUUCGUCUUCAAAUUAUUUCUAGUUCAAACUUCAUUGAAAGUGGGAUUUUUUUCAGA